AUGCCGCGGCCGUCGCCGGGGAAGCCGCUGGUCACCACGAUCACGGCGCUGCUCAGGUCGGCGACGCGGCCGGCGCACCUGCUCCAGCUCCACGCGGCCAUGCUCAAGGUCUCGCUCUUCCCGCACCACGCGCUCCCGACCGCCAGGCUGCUCGCGUCCCCGCUCGCGCCGCUGCCCUACGCGCUCUCCCUCUUCGCCGCCAUUCCGUGCCCCACCCUCUUCCACCACACGGCCCUCCUCCGCGCGCUCUCCGCCUCGCCCUCCUUCUCCCCGGCCGCCUCCGCGUCCCUCGCCGUCCUCGCCUCCGCCCGCGCGCGCCUCCCCGCGCUGGACGAGUUCGCCUUCCAGCCGCUCGUCGCGCUCUGCGCCAAGAACUCCGGCGACGACGCGGCGGCCUCGCUCGGGCGGCAGGUCCAUGCGCUCCUGCUGCGGUUCGGGUUCUCCGGCGUCGUGGGCCUGGGGAACGUGCUGUGCCACUUCUACUGCUGCAUAGGGAGCAUGGGGGACGCGCGGAGGAUAUUCGAUGAAAUGCCUGAGAGGGACACCGUGUCGUGGAACACGAUGAUCGGGAGCUAUGCCAGAACCGGAGAGAUCAGUGCGGCGGUGGAGGUGUUCAGGGCUAUGAUGUGCUGUGGUGUGGAUGUCAGUCCGACGGCGGUGGUCGCCUUGGUUGCGUGCGGGUGGCGAGGGGAGUCAGUGCAUGGGUUCAGCGUCAAGACAGGGUUCUGCAAGGAUGUCAAGGUGGCGGCAGCAAUGGAGGGGAUGUAUUCUAGGAAAGGGGAUAUUGGAUGCGCAAAGAAGGUCUUCGAAGAGGCGACGAGGAGGGACUUGGUGCUGUAUAAUUGCAUGGUGGAUAGUUGCGCAAAGGCGGGGCAAAUUGAGGAGGCAAUGGGCUUGGUGGAUAGGAUGAGACAGGAGGGACUGAAACCAAACACAGGGACUCUUGUGGGUGUGCUCUCUGCGUGUGGAGCAUCGGGGGCAAUCGUACCCGGUCGUCACAUCCAUGAGCUUGCGCUGGAGCUUGGCCUUGAGCUUGACACUGCACUAGGAACAUCGCUCGUGGAUAUGUACUUCAAGUGUGGGUACCCCAAGGAGGCGAUUGCAGUCUUUUAUGCAAUGCGCGACAGGGAUGUGAUGGCAUGGACUGCGAUGAUCAUGGGGUUGGGGGUUAAUGGGCAGUCAGAUGCCGCGAUAUCCCUGUUUCACUCGAUGCAGCAAGUCGGUGUCACUCCUAACGAGGUUACCUUUCUUGCGGUGCUCAAUGCUUGUAGCCAUGGCGGGUUAGUGUUUGAAGGGAAGAAGCACCUCGAGAGCAUGGUCCGGAAAUAUGGUAUGUCUCCCCACACCGAACACUAUGGCUGCAUCAUCGAUCUCCUCGGAAAGGCGGGGCGAUUGGAUGAAGCGUAUGAGCUUAUAAGAAGUUUGUCGUCCCAUGGCGACGCUAUGGGAUGGAGAACUUUACUUGCAGCCUGCAGAGUUCAUGGCAAUGUCGAGCUGGGGAGGAUGGUGCAGGCACGGUUGGACGCCAUGGGCAAUUACCAUCCGUCUGAUACCAUUCUGCUGUCGAACGCAUACGCAAUGGAAGGCCGUUGGGAUGAAAUAGCACAGAUCAGGGAUUCACAAGGGCAGAAAAUGGUCACGGACAGGAAAGAAGCGGGCUGCAGCUCCAUUGAUGUGUCUUCCUAA